AUGACGAGCAUCACCCUCGAUGAACUGCUCGCGAUGGAGGCGAACUGCGACCGAGACGAAGUUGUCGACUUGCGCUCACUAGAACUGGUCUCCAGCUACGAUGACCACCUCAUGUGCCCGAUAUGUCACUGCCCUUUCGUUCGCCCCGUGCGCCUUCAGUGUGAUCAUGUCUUCUGUCAGAAGUGUCUAAAUACUGCCAUCACUGCGUUUUCCGCCAGCCGAGACGACUUCACCUGUCCCACCUGCCGGACUCCCACGAGGGGUGUCUACCUCAACGUGCCUCGUCUGCUACUCAAUAUGUGUGAUGAUAUCAAAGUGCGAUGUCCUUUUCGGGAUGAAGGUUGCGAGGAGAUUAUACCAAGAGGUCAGAUUCAGUCUCAUGUCGACAAGUAUUGUGGCUACAGGCUCAUGAAGUGUCCGGAUAGCUCUUGCAACAAGACGACCCGGAAGAAGGACCUCAGUUCUGAGGGCCGGUGCUUGCAUGAGCUUCAACGCUGUCUACGAUGCGACGAGUAUGUCGCGGAACAAGAUUACGAGGAACAUGUCAAGGAUCUAUGCCCGAGUCUUAAAACAACAUGUCCCGACUGCCAGAUAAGCGUCCUACGCAAAUCACUGCGGGAACACAUCGACUCCUGCCCCGAGGUUGUCCAUCCUUGCGCGGCCUCGAAAUACGGCUGUCCCGUCAAGGUCAAGCGUGCAGACCUGACGACACACGAACAGACUUGUCCGCUGAUAGCCAUGGGCCCGUAUUUUGAAGCGCAGAAUGCACGACUCGAUUCUCUUGAACUUACCAUCCGUCACCUUCAACAGCGGAACGAGAUUUUCGAGGACGGAAUUUCCAACAUCCGCUCGACAUUAGCCCAGUCGACUCGUACUCUAGCCGAGCAAGAUCCCCCGACAAAUUCCGAUGCCCCUCGUCGACGAGAUUCGGCAAGCAAUCAAUCUCAGAUCGACAGCUCUAACCUCUAUACUGCCACUACAACGAACUACUUACUCUCCCUCCACGAGUCUCUUCGCGAAGAGGUCGGACAGCUCUCCAACGCCAUCACAGAUCUAGACGCCCGUGCUAGCAUGGCUCUCAUGAACGAAUGUCUUCGCUUAAAAGAAGACAUGGCGCACACCAACGCAGCCGUGGGCAGCAUUCGCAUGCAGGUGCAGUGGCUCUUGAACCCUCGUCUGCAUCAGGGCCAGCGAGCAGGUGCACGUCCAAACAACGCUAGUGGCAGCAACGGCAGCCCUGCGUCUGCGUCCGGGCCGAGUAGUGCCGCUGGUCCUUCUACUGCUUUUCUUCGACCGCGGAGACUCAGCGAUAGCGGACGAGAGGGGACCAAACUAUGA